AUCUCGAUGAGCUUUCAAGUUGAACAUCAUUAGAUUCGAGUUCAACUCUUUUACCAAUGAGCUGAUUUGAGCUCGAGAUCGAUUGGUGCUGAACUUUUUUCUAGCCAAACUUAAACAACUCGUGAGCCAGCUCGACUCAUUUACACUCCUAAUCAUAGUCUAAUAUGAAUUCGAAAAAUAUUAUAAGGUUUAUAAAAGCUCCAUUUACUAAAUCUAUAAUUUCUUUCAUGAAUCAAGGCUCGUUAACAAGUUAGUAUCACAAAGCUGUUCAGUUGUCCUGUUGACCAGAUUCUUUAUUUUUUAUCUGUGGCCUGAAGGAUUAACAAUGGAAUUUUUUUUUUUUUUUGUUCUUUGCCGACACCUCAGGCAUAGUGAGAUGUAAUGGUUGAUUAGGUUGUGUUAUACCCACAGGAAGUACAUGUGCUUCUAAUUUAAUAUUAUACAUAGAUCAAUAAGAGGAAUCUGGAAAGAAUGUUAAGAGUGGGUCCAGAUUGUGAAGACAUUUGAGUAUCUUGUUGGAGAAAUUCAAAUUUGGGUCACAUUGGAAGUUUGAAAAGCUUUUUCCAUCUCUCAAUGAGGGAUUUGAUUGUGAGUGCAAAUUGAUACCCCGCAAUAGAUUAGAUAGUGGACCCUUUUUAUAGUAGUUGUAGAACUACACGAUAAAACCAGUUUGAAAUAGCAUUUAUGAAGUAUAUCUGCGAUUGAAUAUGGUCCUCUCCUUGUGGGAACAUCAACGUCAUCAUAAAUUUUCAUCCAACGGUGACCAAACUUCAUUCACUAUUUUUGAUGAUUAAUAUACUCCAUCUCAAAUAAAAUAUAUUUUCUCCGUUUUUAAAUACUUAUCAUAUUUGAUUAUUUUACAUCUCUUAGAAAAAUCAUUCAAAAUAUAUUGAAUAUUAAUUUGUGUAAAAAUAAAAAUACCUGCAUCAAUUUUUCUAAAUUUUGAUUUGAUUAUGUUAUAUUAUCUUCUAUUGCAGCUCACCAGAUGGAACCUCAGUAUGAUCUUGAAGAAAUGAUGGGAGGAAAACUUUUCUCCGUGGUUCACAAACACGAGAUAAAGUUUCUUUCUCGUUUAUGAAGGCCAAGGAAAGUUUUCCAUUUUCUCUCAACUCUUUAUUAACAUUUUAUUUUUUCUCGGCCUUUUAUAGGUGGGCCUGUUUAAGCUAAUAAACCAAGUCGGAUCAGGCCCAAAACCAAUUGUUAAAGGCAUAAAAAAUUGAAAAUUCGGAACAAAUUAAGGCAUCCAGUUUGUUCUCGAAACCAAAUGCCCAACUGCCAUGGUCUUCCCUUUCAAAUGUUUGACCGUUGCUUCCCGCCUUAACCGCGCUUUUAGCUCAAUCCACCAGUUCGAGUCUGAAAAUCAACAAAUUCUUCAUUCGCUGCUAGAGAAAUGCUCCUCCAUAAAAGAACUGAAGCAAAUCCACGCCCAAAUCGUCCUUAAUGGCCUUAACCAUCAGACUCUAACUAUCAGCAAGGUAAUCUCUUUUUGUGCUGUUACUGAUACACGAAAUCUCGACUACGCUCAGCUCGUAUUUAAUCAAAUUACUCAACCCAAUAAAUUCAUGUACAAUAGUUUAAUAAGGGGUUAUUCUAAUAGUAAUGAACCGAUAAAGUCUAUAUUACUAUAUCGCCAAAUGAUUGAUUCUGGUCUCUCUCCGAAUGAAUUUACUCUCCCUUUUGUACUUAAAGCUUGUGCUUCAAAAUCGGCAUUUUGGGUUUCUCUGCUUGUUUAUGGACAAGCUCAAAAAUUGGGUCUUGGGUGCCAUGUUUGUGUGCAAAACGGUCUAAUAAAUGCAUUUAUUUGGUGUGGGUUUAUCAAUUUUGCAAAGAAUGUGUUUGAUGAUAUGUCUGAGAGGACUUUGGUUUCUUGGAAUUCGAUGAUUGGUGGGUAUGCCAAAGUGGGUUGGUGUAAAGAAGCGUUUUUAUUGUUUAAAGAUAUGAGAGAAACGAGGAUAGAGCCUGAUAAGUUUACUUUAGUUAACUUGCUUACUGUCUGUUCGCAAAGCUGUAAUAUACAUUUGGGUAGGUUUCUACAUUUGCAUAUUGAAAUUACAGGGUUGGAGAUAGAUUUAAUUGUGAGAAACGCACUUCUAGAUAUGUAUGCUAAGUGCGGGCAUUUGCAAUUGGCUGAAAGACUUUUUGACCAAAUGUCUGAUAAGAAUGUGGUUUCCUGGACCUCUAUGAUUAGUGCAUAUGCUAAACAUGGGCUUGUUGAAUUUGCUCAGAAAAAAUUUGACAAAAUGACAAUGAAGAAUGUGGUUUCUUGGAAUUCAAUGAUUUCGUGUCAUGUUCAAGCAGGUCAAUGCAAGGAAGCUCUGAAUCUUUUCCAUGGGAUGCAUAAUUUGGGAGUGAUGCCUAAUGAGUCAACCUUAGUCUGUGUUCUUUCGGCCUGUAGUCAAAUUGGCGAUUUGGUCACGGGUAAGAAAAUUCACCGUUACAUAUGCAGCAUAAGCAGUAUAGAUAGUGUUAACCUGUGGAACUCAGUUAUUGAUAUGUACGCAAAAUGUGGCGCUCUUGGGCUUGCUAUAGACAUCUUUAACAAAAUGCCAACUAAGAAUUUAGUUUCUUGGAAUGCAAUUAUUGGAGCACUUGCAUUACAUGGUUGUGGAUUGGAAGCAAUCAAGCUCUUUGAAAAGAUGCAAGCUGAAGGCAUUUGUCCUGAUGAGAUAACCUUCACAUUAUUGCUUUCAGCUUGCAGUCAUUGUGGCCUUGUAGACAUCGGUCGAGAUUACUUUUACAAAAUGAGGUCUGUAUAUGGAAUUGUACAUGAAAUUGAACAUUAUGCAUGCAUGGUUGAUCUUCUCGGGAGAGGAGGUCGUUUAGACGAAGCUAUGAUGCUAAUAAGAGGGAUGCCAAUGAAACCGGAUAUUGUGAUAUGGGGUGCUUUACUUGGCGCUUGUAGAACUCAUGGAGAUGUCAGAAUAGGGAAACAAAUCCUAAAACAGUUACUGGAGUUGAAGCCAUCCGGUUCAGGGGUUUACGUGCUUCUUUCGAACUUGUUUUUUGAAGCUGGAAAAUGGGAAGGCAUGAAAAACAUUCGAAAGCUAAUGAAUAACCAUGAAAUCAUCAAGUGCAGAGGAAUUAGCUCAAUCGAAGUUGAGGGCUGUAUUUAUGAAUUUAUGGUUGAUGACAGCAGACUUGAAGUUUCAAGUAACGUAUAUUCUCUGCUUGAUCAAUUAACAGAUCAUAUGACAUCAAUAGGGUAUUUCUGCAAUUUCUCAAGUGUGUUUUCAGAAUCACACGAAAUGUAAUUUUGUGACAAUAAACAAGAAAGACCAUUACCAACUGUAAGUAUACUAACUCAUGCAGGAUGAUUCAAAAUAUCGAAAUUUUUUUCAAAAAGAAUCAGAUUUUAAUGAUUUGAACUAUAGAUGUUUAGCAUUACAAGAUAUGAACUUGACCAGUGAGCUACUCACCCAAUGGCUUCUUUGUAUAAUUUUACAUUGUGGAUUUGUUUAUUUACAAAAUUAUUGUUGUUGUAGCUAUUUAUUACUGAAUAAUUCUAAUGAAUGAAGAGCCUUACAGGAAGGUUUAGACAUU